AAAGGAAUUAAAAGGCCAUGAAAAUAAUUGAGGUCAUAUGUUCUGUCCUACACAGUUAUUUCAGGAGCUGCUGAGCACUAAUUACUACCAUUUCUAUUCGAAGAAAAAAGAGAAAUCCUUCAUCAGUAUUGCUAUUUUUGAAACAAUCACAAUAUAUCUGAAUGGGUUCUCUUCAUGAUCACGACAAGAACACCACGAAGAUUGCCCGGAGAAACCGUCGACUCUCUUCCACUGCCGAUGCCGGUGCCGGUGUCGGCAAGGUUUAUACUUCAAAAGGUCUCCGAGCAAGGCGGCUUCGGCUCUCGGCUCCGACCGCUAUUAAAUUCUACGAUCUUCAAGAUCGCCUUGGAUGUGGCCGACCAACUGAAGCCAUUGAUUGGCUUCUUCUGAAUGCGAAAUCCGCCAUUGAUGCCCUCUCUCGACCUUUACAAACAGAGGACAACGAUUGUAGAAAACAGAGUUUCAGUUUACCUGUUCCUUCCUCAUCGUCUUCUUCUUCUUCUUCCUCUUCUUCUUCACAGUUCCAGUCUUACCCACUUCAAAAUUUCUCCCAAAAAGGCAACCUCUCUGUCUUCUGUCCAAUGAUUUUGAAUGCCACGACGGGAGAAUUUUCCGGCACCCAACCACCGUGUCCAAGUCAGAGCAAUAUCGGAGCUGGUUUUCCUUUCUUUCCGAUGUGGGAAUAGCAGCCGCCAACCGGCCGUGAUUUUUGAAGAUGGGAUUGUCGGAGCUUUUCUGACGGUUUUGUUAUUCCAUCAGAAUCAUUGGCUUCCAUGACGGACAACACACAACGACCCACCAGCCAUACUUGUUUUUUGACCAUCUGCUUUUUUUGAAUCUCAACUCCACUUUAUUAAUUCAAUAUUUGUUUCUAAAUAUUCAUGUUCGUCUUUUUCUUUUUCAAUUUCAUUUCGAAUUUACCAACGAAUUGUUGCAUGUUUUGUGUUUGUUUAUUGACAAAUUUAAUAUUAUAUCAUUCAACGGUUGUCAUUAAUUCAAUAAGUUGUAAAAGAGAGGUUUUUAGUUUUGUUACCAAAUAAGGACGUGAUCUAACUAAACCAGUUGAAUUAUAAAAGAAA